AUGUCGGCGAGCGGCGUGCGGACGUCCCUGGCGCCGAACGGCGUCGUCCAAGUCGAGCUCGACCGCGGCGGCAAGCUCAACGCGCUGAACCGGCCCAUGUGGGAGGCCAUCGCGGACGCCGUCGAGACGUCGCCGGACGCGCCGCUCGUCAUCACGAGCGCCGAUCCCAAGGCGUUCAGCGCCGGCGGCGACGUGACGGCGAUCGCCGGCGGUCCCCCGAAGGACGUCGUCGACUUCCUCCACCUCGAGUACGCGACGCUGGACGCGCUCCGCGAGCGGCGGAACACGAUCGCCGUGAGCGACGGCAUCGUCAUGGGCGCCGGCGCGGGCGUCUUCAUGGCCUGCGCGACGCGCGUCGUCACGGAGCGCGCGCGCUUCGCGAUGCCAGAGGUCAGGAUCGCGCUCGUGCCCGACGCGGGCGCGCUCCGCUUCCUGUCCAAGCACUGCGAGCCCGCCGUGGCGCGCUUCCUCGCCGUGACGGGCUACAAUCUGAACGCGCACGACCUGGUCGCGUGCGGCCUCGCGACGCAUUUCGUC